AUGGCGCCGCUCCGCCGCCGGCCGCUGCUGCUGCUGCUGCUGCUGCUGCUGCUCCCGCUGCCAGGUGAGUCCGGCCGGCCCGCGCCCCAUUGUCCGGCCGCCGCACGUGGCUUUAUUUAUCGGGGACCGGCGGGACCGGCGCGGAGGGAGCGGGAACCGGCGGCGGCUCCGCGCUUUGUUCGCACCGCGACGGGGCGGGGGGGGCGUGAGGGGCGCGGGCGGUGCGCGGCCCCUCCGCGCUCUGGACUGUGGUGCUUUAGUGAACUGUUUUUUGUGAAAGAGCCUCAGGACGUUACUGUGUCAAGGAAGGAUCCGGUGGUUUUAGACUGCCAAGCCCGUGGUGAAGCUCCUAUAACUAUUACAUGGCUGAAAAAUGGAGGCAAAGUGUCUGAAAAUGAACGGAUCUACACUUUAUCCAAUGGCUCGUUGUAUAUCAGUGAGGUAGAAGGAAAGAAGGGAGAACUGUCUGAUGAAGGAUUUUACCAGUGCUUAGCUCUGAACAAACAUGGGGCCAUUCUCAGUCAGAAAAGUCACCUCACACUAGCAACCAUUUCUGCAUUUGAAGUCCAGCCACUUUCAGCUGAAGUCCAAGAAGGUGGAGUAGCUCGAUUCGCCUGUAAAAUAACAGCAAACCCUCCUGCCACUGUGACAUGGGAAGUGAACAGAACAACUUUACCCUUAGUCAUGGACAGGAUAACUGCUCUGCCUACAGGAGUGCUUCAGAUCUAUGGUGUUGAGCAGAAGGAUGCUGGGAAUUACCGAUGUGUUGCCACAACUGCAGCCAACAGACGUAAGAGCACCGAGGCAGUGCUGAGUGUUAUUCCAGCCUCAGACUUGAAGCCUUUUCACAAGCCAUCUAUAAUAGCUGGUCCUCAAAACAUUACAGCAUCUCUUCAUCAAACUGUCAUACUGGAGUGUGUAGCCACAGGGAAUCCAAAGCCAAUCAUCUCAUGGAGCCGGUUAGACCACAAGUCCAUUGACGUGUUCAACACGCGGGUCCUUGGCAACGGGAACCUGAUGAUCUCUGACGUGAAGGUGCAGCACGCCGGGGUCUACGCCUGCCGGGCCACCAUUCCCGGCACGCGCAACUUCACCGUGGCCAUGGCAACUCUCACGGUGCUGGCUCCACCUUCAUUUGUGGAAUGGCCAGAAAGCUUAACAAGGCCUAGAGCUGGUACUGCUCGUUUUGCUUGUCAAGCAGAAGGAAAUCCUGCCCCCAAAAUUUCAUGGUUGAAAAAUGGAAGGAGAAUACACUCCAACGGUAGAAUAAAAAUGUACAACAGUAAAUUGGUGAUUAACCAGAUCAUUCCUGAAGACGACGCCAUUUACCAGUGCAUGGCUGAGAACAGCCAGGGCUCCAUUCUCUCCAGGGCCAGGCUGACUGUGGUUAUGUCCGAGGACAGGCCCAGUGCCCCUUACAACGUCCACGCUGAAACCAUGUCCAGCUCAGCAAUCCUGCUGGCCUGGGAGAGGCCGCUCUACAAUUCAGACAAAGUGAUUGCAUACUCUGUGCAUUACAUGAAGGCAGAAGGUUUAAAUAAUGAAGAGUACCAAGUGGUGAUUGGAAAUGAUACAACCCAUUACAUCAUUGAUGACUUGGAGCCAGCCAGCAACUACACCUUCUAUAUUGUAGCCUACAUGCCUUUGGGAGCCAGUCAGAUGUCAGACCAUGUGACUCAGCACACCCUUGAAGAUGUUCCCUUGAGAGCUCCUGAAAUCAGCUUGACGAGCAGGAGCCCUACGGAUAUUCUCAUCUCGUGGCUGCCCAUUCCUGCCAAGUUGCGGCGGGGCCGGGUGGUGCUGUACCGCGUGUCCUUCCGCCUGAGCACCGAGAGCAAGGUGCAGGUGCUGGAGCUGCCGGGCACGGCCGCCGAGCACCUGCUCGAGGGGCUCAGGCCCGACAGCCUCUACCUGGUGCGCAUCACGGCUGCCACCAGGGUGGGCUGGGGAGAGGCGUCCCUGUGGACCUCGCACCGCACCCCCAAAGCGACCAGUGUCAGAGCGCCGAAGUCUCCCGAGCUGCGUUUGGAGCCCAUGAACUGCACAACCAUUGCAGUGCAGUGGCAGCAGGACGCUGAGGACACUGCAGCUGUCCAGGGCUACAAGCUCUACUACAAGGAAGAGGGGCAGCAGGAGAAUGGACCCAUUCUGCUGGAUGCCAGUGACCUGGAAUAUACUGUCAGUGGUUUGGAUCCUAGAAGAAAGUAUCACGUAAGGCUGCUGGCAUAUAACAAUAUGGAAGAAGGUUAUCAGGCUGAUCAAACAGUUAGCACUCCAGGAUGUGUCUCUGUCCGUGACCGCAUGGUGCCGCCGCCGCCGCCUCCUCACCACCUCUAUGCCAAAGCCAACACCUCCUCAUCCAUCUACCUGCACUGGGGCAAGCCUGCCUUCACCUCUGCCCAGCUCAUCAACUACACCGUGCGCUGCAACCCCGUGGGGCUGCAGAAUGCCUCCCUGGUUCUCUACCUGCAGACGUCAGAGACUCACAUGUUAGUUCAAGGUCUUGAGCCAAAAACCAUGUAUGAAUUUGCAGUUCGACUGCAUGUGGACCAGCUCUCCAGUCCUUGGAGUCCUGUAGUCUACCACACUACCCUCCCUGAAGCACCAUCUGGCCCUCCAGUAGGAGUGAAGGUGACUUUGAUAGAGGAUAAUACUGCUUUGGUUUCCUGGAAGCCACCUGAUGGUCCUGACACAGUUGUCACACGGUACACUAUCCUCUAUGCAUCCAGGAAGUCUUGGAUUGCUGGGGAAUGGCAAGUGUUGCACAGAGAAGGAGCCAUGACCAUGGCUUUGCUGGAAAACCUUGUAGCAGGAAACAUCUACUUGGUUAAAAUAGCUGCCUCCAAUGAAGUAGGAGAAGGACCCUUCUCAAAUGCAGUGGAAUUUGCUGUCCUGCCAAAGGAGACAUCAGAGUCUAACCAGAGACCUAAACGCUUGGAUUCUGGAGAUUCCACAGCUUAUUCUGACUAUUACCAUCUGGACCAAAAAUCAAUGACUGGCAUUGUUGUUGGGGUUUGCAUAGCCUUGACCUGCAUCCUUAUCUGCAUCCUGAUCUUAAUUUAUCGCAGUAAAGCCAGGAAAGCAUCUGCUCCUAAGCCUGUGCAGCAAAGCACUGACCAGCUGUCACAUACCAGCAUCUCAUUAGCCAGUCCUAAUGAGGUGGAGAAGAAUAUUGAAGGAAUUGCAGAGAAUGAAGAAUCCCUAUUGCCAAUGAUAGUGGGAAACAGCUUCAUUGAUGCUAAGGGAGGAUCUGAUCUGAUUAUUAACAGCUAUGGGCCUGUCACAAAGACUAAUGGCAAGAAAAGGUGGCUGUUCUUCCAAGAUGCUAAGAAGGCAAAGACUGAAGAGCCGCAGAGGAGGUUCGUGUGCCUGUACCAGCCGGGCCCCGCCGUGCUGCUGGGCCGGGCCGGCUCCCCCGGCUCCCCGGGCCAGCCGCCCAACUUCGCGCUGCCCUUCGCUGCGGCGGCCGACACCGAGCACUCGGCCAACAGCGAGGGGAGCCACGAGACCGGCGACUCCGGCAGGUUUUCCCACGAGUCCAACGACGAGAUCCACCUGUCCUCCGUGCCGGGAGCCACCCCUCCGGGCAGCAGCCCUUUGGGCAGCAGGGACUCGGGGAGCCCUCAGGGCGCGGGGAGCCCUCAGGGCGCGGAGGCCCCGGGGCCGGCGGCCGCUGCCCCCCGGCCGCGGCAGAGCCUCCCCGCCUGAGCCCGGCCGCGUUCCCAGCCUGUGUCUGUUCGAAGGACAAUGAACAGGGAGCCAAAGUUUCGUUGUGGAAAGCCCGGCUGACCUAGCGGGUGAUCCAUAGUUCUGUUGAAUGUUGGGGGGGUUUGUUUCCUAUGUUUUGGGUUGUUUUUUUUAAAGCUCACUCAUUUUGAAUGUUCGGUGGUCAAAAAAUGUGAAAGGAGUGAAGAUUUCUGACGAAGGUUAAGAAUACAUCACUGGAGCAAAGGGAAGGCUGUUGGCCCUUUUGCUGACUAUCUACCUCAGUUUGCCGAGAGGUGAACUCCGAAUGACGACUGCUUUACCUCAUUUGUGUUCUAGUUGGUCUCAGCUAUGGAACUGAUGAUACUUCCUAGUAGUGUUGUUUUAUUUUGGAGUUGUUUGUUUUCAUUUCCCCGCCCCAAGUUAUGUGUAGAGAGCGUGUGUGUGUGUGUGUGUGUACUCAGUGAUCAGGGAGUUGUAUAGGUUGGUGGACAAGAUUGUUUAGCUGAAGCUCUGUCUUUAAAAAGAAGGAAACCUCAGAGUAUAAAAUGGUAUGAUUUCAUGUGGUUGACACCGAGUAUGUUAAAAACUGGGAGAACUGGGACUUCCACAUAUACAGCCACAUGAAAUCUUCUGUACCUCUUGAUUUCUUAGACCCUCAGUAAGCCUAGGACAGUGCCUUUCCUCAGAAACCUGUGCCAGCAGCUGCUGGCAGCAUAUAUGCUGUAUCCCUGGGGCUCUGGGACAUGCUGGAUUCCCCACAGUGUGACAAAUAUUGCCCCUUUAUUCACAGUUAAGGCUAAAAAUCAUAGCAAUAUGAAGAAGUACUCAGCAUUUUCAAACAGCUUGGCUUUGUCUGAGAGUUAUGGAAUAGAUAAUAACACUGAGUAUUCCAGUAUCACAGUACUUCUUAGCAGUAGUGCCUUGCCUUAUAAUGAAAUUACUGAUUUGCCUUAUUCCUUUUUAGCAUUCAUAAAGUUCCUUUGGAGUACAGAAAGAUGCCUUAAAUGCUUCUUAGAUAUUUUAAAUAAGCUGUUACAUGAGUUUAUAGUUCAUUUCUGCUCAUCUUUGAGUGCUGAUAAUUGUUAGGAUGCAAACCUGCUCCUUGCCUUCACCUAGUGUGCUAUUAGCCAGGAAUUUUAGCUCAGGGAGUGACUUCACCUAUAUGCCAAUCUAAAACUCUGAUUAGGCUACCAUAAGAGAUAAAAAAAGCCAGAGCUUUAGUUGAAGAGUCUGUUGAAAGAGGUGAGUACUGCUACUGCCUCGAACCCAUGCAAUUCCUGUUUUAUACUACCUCCUUAAAAAAUUAUUCUAGUGGUUUUUUUUAUUUUGUUGUUGUUGUUUUUUCCUGUACUCAGGGAACAGUUUGUUACUUUUAAGCUGCCUCACAGAAACGUGGAGCAAACUGACAGGGUAUCAUUUUGUGUUUUAAUAGGAGAGAGCGAGAGACGGGGAGGAGGCUGGAAUCAUCCAAUGUUAUAAACUUGCCUGUAUCUAUAUCCAGUCCUCUUCUCACUCCUUCUCUUUCCCUGUUCUACUUAAAAAAGUAAGAGAGAAAGAAAGAAAAAAAAAUUAGGAAUAUGUUUUUACUUUAAAAAAAAUUGUUUAAAAUAUAAUGUUGUGAGAAAUCAACCAUAGGAACUCCUGGCUCUAUUUAAGUCUGUCAGAACUCCCACUGACGUUACUGGGGCUGAGAUGUCACCUCCGGGUGUGCCAGGCUGAUGUCACCUCCUGUGUUGCUCCUCAGUGUCAGUAGGUGGUCAGAAGUUGUGGGUAAGCCCUACUCUCGUGGUUGGAUUGUGCUGAGGAAUCAGGCUCUGGUUCCUGGAGUUCUUUCCUGGAGCUGUUGCCAGUCCUGAAGCACGCAGUACACACUCACCAGUGGCAAUUCAAAUGCUUGGAGAAUGAUCUUGUACCAAAGACUUUUCUGUAGAGGAGAAGGAAGCCACAUAUUACCCAAAAGGAAUUGAACUAGUUAAAAAGCUAUAGGUUUGAAGAGCUGAAUACAUUUUAUUGUAUAAGUAGUUACUAACAAAAACCAAUAGGACUUCUUGAAUUUAGUAGCCGAUUGCAUAGGUGAGUUGUAUUGAACAAUUUUAACUACCUUGUUGUUACAAGAGCCUUUAAAGAAACUUAAAAUGCCAGCAGAUAUCUCCAAAGAAUUCCAAGUGUAAUUUUUUUUCUCCAGCUUGUAGUUGAUGAACAGUACAGUAUUAAGAAAAAUAUUUUUAAACAGUUUUUUUACUACUUGCUGAAGAAAAAGAAAACUUUUCACCAAAGAUUUAUUUUCGGUCUUGUCAGGCAGAACGUGUAGUGUACAGCAGAGUACUGUUUUUAGUUAGGUAGAGUGUGAAUUAAUCAAAACUAGAGUAAGAAUGUGUAACUGUAGCAUGAAGUUUCACACUUCAUCUUUCAGAGUAGCCUCUUGUGUUAGUUGCAUUCAGAAAGAGCUGAUAUGCAGAUGGUAACUGCUUCUCCAAAGACUUGUUUGCUGUAAGUACUGGCAAUGGGGUAUAAUUUAAUAAUCCUCGUUACAGGUAAAUGCUAUAAAUCCUAAACUCUUCCUUCCAAGGACCCAUUCUGUAGUUUAACCUAUAGAUAAUCUGAGAGAAACAGACUUCAUAUAAAAUCUGCCAAUCUUAUAUAGAUGCUUGAAGUUCAAUACCAAAGAGUUGAAAAUACUCAGUGUAUUAGAGAGCAGUGCAUCCAGAACUGGAUUAAUCACUUAAUGUUUUAUCAAGGUACUUCUUAUCAGCAAAUAAAGAAAACCAAAGAUAUUUAAGGUUACCUCAGCGUAUAGGCAAGUUUAGUUAGGCAUUAAUUAUUCUUUUUCUUUAUUUUUAUGUUAACCAAAUAUAAAACGCUUCUCCAGAACCCAGUCUACAUUCAUGUGCUUCCCUUUGGCAUAGUCAUGAUUUCUACAGAACAAAAAUCCUCUCCUCAAAAUUCAUGGCCUAGUACUAAAAUAUCACAAGAUUUUGUGAGAGAAAAUUUGUCUUAUUAUUGAAAACACCAACAAGGUAAGCAAAGGAAUAUCCAGAAAAAUUGUAGAAAUUGAUAAUGUCUCUAUUGAACUUAAUAGCAGAAUCAAUCCUUCAUAAUUGUAACAAUGCAAAAUUUAAAAGUUUAAAUGCUUCACAGCCUUGAAGCCAAUGCAUGUAAUUAUAAAUAUGAUCUUACAGGUUAUAAUUUUUUCAAAGUUUAUACCCAUGGCUGUCUAAGGGAAUGAGUUUUUCCCUUUGUUCAUUCCAUUUGCCUAGAAAAAGCUGGCAGAACCCAGCAGGCAGACUGGUUUCAGGUUUUCCAGGUUUUUCUUCUAGGUUAUGUCUGUAGAAACUGGGUCCUGGAGAAAAAAAAUAUAAUUUCUUAAUUAUGAAUUUUGCUAAAUAUGUUCUGGAAGAUGAACAUAAAUGUGGAAUUUAGUGUUACACUAUGUGAAUUGAUUUUAGGUGUUGUAAGAACUAAGGGGCCAUGGCAGGUGCAAUAAGUGUAUGUGCAACCCUUGUGUUUUUUAAAAAAAAGCAAAAAUGUUACCAUUGAUGUGACUUGAAAAGCAUCAAAGCUUACAGAGGAAACCUCAAAACUGACUUACCAUGGUGAUGGUGUUUGUAAGAAAGAAUCUGCCCUUCAAUGCCACAGCAAGUCCUGGAGUCAAAACUAAAUGCUCCAUCUGCCCCCAGCUACACUUGUGUGCUUUCUUCAUGUUUGACAAAUAAAAGCUCUGCCAUCUUUCAGCAGUUAGCCAGGACUGGGAAUGUGUGUGCUGUGCAGGACAGGGCACAUCACUUGGUUACUUUUUAAUAGCUCUGCUAUUGCAAGAGAAACCUGAAAAAUCUUCCUAUUUUCAGGAAUUUCCUAUAUUAGCUCUCCAUUUUUUUGGAUAACUGAUGACAUUUUUAACAGAAAAGAGUAUCAAGAGGUUGCUUUGCCUGUUUUUAAUUAUUCUCAUAGUUCAUUCCUUCUCUGGGUUUAAUCCCAAGAUUUUGAUAUGAGCUUCAUCUUGUUUGUCUUACUCAAAUCAGGGUCCUCAUCCUGUUUCUUUUUAAGCCAAUGGGAGAAUUAAUUUGUAUCUCAGUUUGCAUAGUCUGGACAAACAAAAUAAGCUUCUCUUUGUUUUUUAAAUCUUUACAGUACUAUUAUUUUAAAAGGACAGAAGUCUUAGAACUCUCCAUGAAUCCAGCAUUAGCCUGUAGUAAACACUGAGUAUUUCAAGUCAGUUUACCUCUUUUUCCUUGCAAAUCAAGUCAACUUGAAUGAUUCUCAUUUGCUGCAGCCUGGGUGUACACAAGCAUAUCUACUGCUGGCUCUCAGUAAAAUGUUACUCUGAGCAAACUCUGAGCUUUUGUUCAUUUUAUGAAUUUUUGCUCGUUUAAUGAAGUUCAUGCAGGGAAAUUCCAUCUCCUGACAUGGGGAACAUUGGUAGGAUUUGCAGGGCACUCCAUGUUUAGCCCAAAAUCCCAUUCAUGGCAACCAGAGAGAGCUGCACACGUGUACUGCUGGUGGGAUUUCACAGAAAUCAAUUAACUGACAUUAUUCUCAUAAAAUUGAAAGCAGAAUUACACUUAGUAAUUGGAUAAAGUGGUGGUUCUUAGCUUGGGCAAUUGUUACACACUUGCCAGUUGCUGCAGCUCUGCCAAUGGCAGGCAACCUCUGCAGCAGAGGGAUUCCUGUCUGCAGGAAAUACUGAGCACCUUUCUACAAUAACACUGGGUAGCAUUUUGGAACAUGUGUUUCAAAACCACAGCUCUUCAAGUCCACAUCACUUUCUGCUAGCAGAGAAAAGAACACAAAUUCAGUUUGACUCAAAUGCAAGUUCAUUUCUUUGAAAUUCCUCUAGAUUUAUGCUGAGCCCACUCCUGACUGACUCAAAAGGGAUACAAAAACAUGCUUAAGGCUUUGCUGUGUUGGGCCCUCUGGUUCCAUAGGGCUCCUUCAAAAAGAGAAGUUUUCAGCUUUUCAUGGUUGCAUAUACUCACAUUGCAUCUGCCUGGUGUGUUUUCAGUGAAGACUAACUGUAUAUGAAAAACUGAUUUAAACAAAUGUUGCUUUUUGAUUUUUUGGCUUCUUUUUUUUCUUUUUUUUUCUUUUUUUUCUUUUUUUUUUUUUAAAGUUGUGAAUGACUUGCCAGUGUAGGAGCCAGGUGUGUAUCUGACAUUGUGGUGGUCUGGAUCCUUUCACUCUGUGUGCCAUUUUCUUCUAAGGGCAGCAAUGGCUGACUGGCUAAUGGAGGAUGGAGCUGAAUUGUAUUAAUUUUAUAUUUGUCUCAGGGGAUCAGCUCCAUGAAUUCCAUUGCAUGAGGGAAGCUAAUGUUUGCCCUGAUUUGAAUGUAACUUUUUAAUGUCUUUUAAAAACUAUUUUGUUUAAUAAUGUGGAUUUGUUUUUCUUUUUCUAGCAUUCUAGUAAAUGUUACCUAGUGUGUUGGUUCAUUUUUCCCCUCCAGGGUUGUUUAUAUACUACCCCAAGGUCAUGCCAAAAAAUAAUAGAAGUUUAAAUGCCAAAUGUUUAUGAAACUGCUGUCUAAAUACUGAUUGAUUGCACAGUUGAAAUAAAAGUUUUCCUUAGUAAAAGUAUCACUUGAUAUUUUAUUUUCAGUGUCUCUGAGGAGUGGCUCAAAACAAGGAAGAUAAAAACUGCAGCACCUCAUUUCAGGCUGAGCAGAUAGGGUAUUGUUGGCACUUGAAGUCAUAAAAAGAGGUAGACAGUAAACUGAACUUGUAAUUGAAUUUCAUAGAACUUUCCCACAAUGUAUUAAUUUAUCACUUAUGUACCUGGAAUUAUUUCUUACCUAAAUCUCUGUGUCCCACUGCUGAACACCCAUGUUCUGCUGAACACCUCUGUUCUGCUUUAUUUUCAUGGGGUGUGAAACACGUGGUUCUCAGUGCAGUUGCUCUCAGUGCCUGCAAAGCUGCUGACAAAGCUGCACUGCUGAGUUUGCCCAGCACAUUUACACCUCUAGAACCCCAUGUUCAAUGUAUGGCAAGACUGAAAAUGCAGCUGCUGUUGGUCAGGAGGCAAACUGCUGCUCUUACAAAGGACUGCAUGCUAGAUGGAAGUCAAUCAAGUUCAGUUAGUGUGGAAGUUGUGUUCUGGAGGGAUUAAAUGGUUUCUGUUCUAGCAGGUUGAUCACUGAUUGCCACCCGAGAGCAACAAAAGCUUGGCUGGGCAGUUCAGAGAGUUAGGUUAGAGCUGGGUUUAGAGUAAUGGUGCCCAUGCAAACUACUGGAAGUGAAACCACAGAAAUGACUGCUGUCAUUUACAGGGUCUCUAGGGAGACUAAAGUCAAAACAUCAGUGGAAGUGGAAUCUUGCAAUGCUUGGAUCCCCCUUGGCUGCCAGCAGAGGCCUGGGCUCUGACCUCUGAGAGACUCCUGCCCGUCCUGGUGGCUCUGAGGCCCCUGCAAGAACCAGCUCAGAUGGUUUUCUGGCAGCGCUGCAAGUGGCCCAAGUUCCUCAGGGUUUCUCUAGAGAGACAACUCAAGUGUCACUGGAAGUUGACCAAAAUUCCAGACCACAAUAAACAGGAAAAUGCAAAGGAUUCAAGAUGAUGAUCCAGAAAGAGCAAGAAAUUGCAUUACUUUCCUUUCCCCACAGAGUGUCCCCAUUUCACUGUUCGUUGCUCAACAGGCGACCACCUCUGAGCAGGCAGAAGUCCAUUUUGCAGAGAAGCCUACAAAGGUUACUUACACAUGUAUUUGUCACUUUCUCAAAGGUAUUGUAUUGCAGCUAACAAGGCAAACUUAUCAUAGAGUUUUAUCUGUCUUGGUGACUUGAAGAUCAAACAAGGUUUUUUAAUAUACACACACACUGGAUUUCUUGUCAAAACUUUUGUUCUUUGGUGUAUAUAUAGCUGUAAAUACAAUACUUAAACUUAAGUUCCUAGAUAACCAAUAUAAUCUUUAUAUUUUAAUUAUUUAGAUACUAAUUAAUUUUGAUAUAUUUGAUAUAAAAUUUUAUCGUUUAAAACUAACGGAAAAUUGUAGGUUUUAACUUUGUAAGUCUUGCAUUGUUGGCAAGAGUAUCUGAGUGCAUGAAAGCUGCUUUUUCUGAGAUACUUCAGCAUAUACAUGUUUUAGAUGUAAGCUGAAAAAAUAAAUGUGCACUCAAAAAAAAUCAGUUCAUCUCACUAGAUUUCAUAACUAAGAGCUUGCUUUGAACUUUAAAAAUUUUGUUCCAGUAUAGAUAUGACACUAGAGUGGCCUUUGUACAGCUGAGACAUUUUUUGAUCAGUUCACUAAUAAUUUGUCUUGCAAAGCUUAGAAAAAUGUGUUUCAUCAGCCAGUGAUUUGCAAUGUAACUAGACAAAGGCACGAUCAUUCUCAGACUUGUAUCACAUGGAAGAAAACUAAUGUAAUGGGCUACAGAUAAAAACUUACAUUCUUUCAUGGAUCAAUUCAUAAGCCAAUAUAUUUUGCACUUUUUUCCUACAAACAGUUUUGUAUUCAUUUCAGA